UUUGCAGUCUGAUAUGACGGAUGGAAGUUUCGUUCGUUCGUUGUAUCGAUUUUUUGAGUGAAGUGAGCCAGUGUUCGUGUCCUUUAGUUUAGUGACGUUUGAUAGAAAAAAUCCGUGAAUGGGAUUGUGUAACAAGAUAUAGCAUUAAUUGGUGUGUGAUUUCCCUAAAAGGAUGACGAAGGACAGGUUAGCGGCGCUCCAAGCGGCGCAAAGCGACGAUGACGAUGUCGGCCCCGACGACGUCAACGUCCCUGUCGAGGGCGGCUACAUGGACGAGUUCUUCAGUGAGGUGGAAGAGAUACGAGAGAUGAUAGAUAAGAUUCAGGCGAACGUCGAGGAGGUGAAGAAAAAGCACAGUGCCAUAUUGUCAGCGCCCCAGUCAGAUGAAAAAACAAAGCACGAGUUAGAAGAUCUCAUGGCCGACAUCAAGAAAACUGCCAACAAAGUCAGAGGGAAAUUAAAACACAUAGAACAGAACAUCGAACAGGAGGAGCACUCGAACAAAUCGUCGGCGGACCUAAGGAUAAGGAAGACCCAGCACUCCACCCUCUCGCGCAAGUUCGUCGAGGUCAUGACGGAGUACAAUCGCACCCAGACGGACUACAGGGACAGGUGCAAAAACAGAAUACUCCGUCAGCUCGAGAUCACGGGCCGCGCGACCACCGACGAUGAGUUGGAGGCGAUGUUGGAACAGGAUAACCCGGCUGUUUUCACUCAAGGUAUAAUAAUGGAGACGCAGCAGGCCAAGCAGACGCUCGCGGACAUCGAGGCGCGGCACGCGGACAUCAUCAAGUUGGAGACCUCCAUCCGCGAGCUGCACGACAUGUUCAUGGACAUGGCGAUGCUCGUCGAGAGUCAGGGUGAAAUGAUCGACCGCAUUGAGUAUCAUGUAGAGCACGCUGUUGACUAUGUGCAAACUGCCACACAAGAUACAAAGAAGGCCCUAAAAUAUCAGAGCAAAGCUCGGCGGAAAAAAAUCUUCCUCAUAAUAUGCCUGUCGGUAACGCUGGUUAUAUUAAUAAUAGUGCUAGCGGUCGUGUUGAGUUAGACAGCGCUUGGCGUCGAGCAAGAUGGACCUAGUGAAGAUAUUUUAGCUAUAGCUUAUGCUACAGUCACAACUUUUAUUUAGUCGCUUUAGGGUUAUGACUUGCAUGGUACACGACAGACUUAAGACAGAUAUGUAACAUAGUACAGCUAUACAAAUCUUAUGGAGGUGCACGCACAAAAAUAUUUUGUAUAGCAAAAAUAAGUUUUCUUCCAUGUUAUAUAAAUAAAUAAAUAAAUCUGUCUAAACACUGUCGUGUCUUGAGUGAGCGCUCUAAAGCGUCAAGAAAUAUUGUUUUGUUUCUAACAUGAUGUGACUGUACCCACGCGUUUUUAAACAGCAGUGUAUAAUUGUGUUCCAGCAAAAUGAUUCAAAAUAUUAUGCUAGUCGUCUCUUGAAUAUUUUAACUCGCAGCUGCUUAAAGAAGCGUGUUAUAAUUUCGAGCUCCACCUAGACAAAUGCUUUACUCAAAUAGGGGUUAUGAAGACAACCGUGCCCAUUUUGUAAAGAUCUAAUAUUUUUUUGUUCAUAAUGGUGAUUAAGGCAUUUCUUUAUGGUGCGAGUCGACCCGAAUGUAAAAUAUUGUCAAUGUUCGUAGUUAUUGUUCAAUUGAAUAACUGGAUAUAAUUGCAUUAUGUAAGUCAAUGUCGAAGAAACGAUUAUUUUUGUAUUGUACCAUCGAAUAAAUUGAUUCUGGCAGUUGAUGGACCUACGUAAUUUUGUCGAAUUAUGUUAAUUCA